UUCGCGAAUCAAAGCACAGAUGUAUUUUCGGUUGCUUUCUUUUACGCCGCGCGUUAUCACGUUUUCUGGUUUAUUUUUUCGUUUCUUCUUUCUCGCUCUUUAUUAUUGGCAAAGUUUUUCGUAAUUAACAAAAAUUAUAAUCAUUAUUAUCAUUAAUAAAAAAAAAAGAUAUUUGUACAAAACUUUGUAUUAUUUUUCAUCUUUUGAACAUUUUUUUUUUGUACUUUAUAUUUUUCAUUUUUCAUUUUAUUUACAAAAUUUUAAUUUAUUGGAUUUUUCAUCAAAAUAUGUUCCACGAAUGAUUUUUUUUUGUUGGAAAUUACUACUCAAUUAUUUCAAUUAUUUAUUCAUUUCAUUAUGAAAUCGUAUUGGCACAAAUCAGGAUCAUCGACGUGUUUUUUUCGCCUACAAGAAAAAUUCCAAUGAAGUGUUACCAUUUUCAUCUGUUUCGUCGCGUAUGAAGCUCAAAUCAAUUGUAAUUCGUUGAUGAAUUAUUUACUGGCGUCGCUGUCUCUGUCGCUGUCGCUGUCGGUCGUUUACAUGUGUCGCGAGUUGACGUGAAUCUGUCGCGUUUGUGUGCGACUCGAGUGCCGCCGAAAUCGCGCGAUGGCGAAUUUCUGCGUUGCAGCAAACACCAUCGUUGCCAUCUGCGUGUUUACUGUCAUUUCACGCGGUCAUUCCGAGUCGAGUCAGCAGGCUGACUGGGGCGAUGAGGAUGAUGAAGAUCCAGUUAGUACCUAUAACGUGGAAGCGGUAUUAGGAAGGACGGCUUAUCUGCCUUGUGAUAUCGAAUCUACAGUUCGAGACGAUCGAGUUUACAUGGUACUGUGGUUCAAAUAUAAAGCCAGCAAACCAUUUUACAGUUUUGACGUACGGGGCCGAUCGUUUUCCAAAGCUUUGUGUUGGUCAGAACCGAACGUAUUUGGUCCACGAGCGUAUUUUGUUACAGUUUCGAAACCAGCAAGAUUGCAAAUUGAUAACAUCCAGUUGGACGAUGAGGGUGCUUAUCGAUGUCGAGUUGAUUUUCGAAAUUCACCAACUAGAAAUUUUCAAAUCAAUUUAACAGUAAUUGUACCCCCAAAUCAGUUGAUACUAUACGACGUAUCUGGUAGGGAAUUGCAAGAUAUUGUGGGACCAAUGAACGAAGGAUCCGAUUUAGUGCUGAUUUGCGAAGUUCGAGGAGGAAAACCACUACCGACCGUAAGUUGGUUCGUGAAUGAAAGGCUGGUUGAUGGUAGAGUAGACACAAAUGACCACAGAGUAACCGUAAAUAAACUGGAAAUACCACGAGUACAGCGUACUUAUUUAAAUUCAACAUACAAAUGUCAGGCCAGUAACACGAAUCUAGUGCUUCCGACCCAAAAAACAGUACGACUGGAAUUGAUCUUAAAACCAUUGGCGGUGAAAUUACGUUGGAAACCGGCGUUAUUAAUUGCCGAUGAAGAAUACGUGAUUACGUGCGAAUCGCAUGGAUCAAGACCUCAAGCCAUAUUAUCAUGGUGGAUGGAUGAUAAACGUUUUGAAAAUUCCAAGAUCGCAGAUAAUUCUAACGAGACCAUGGCAAUUAGUUCAGUUCGUUUUCAACCUACUCCAAAUGAUGAUGGGCGGAUAUUAAAAUGUCGUGGAGAGAAUACAGAAAUUGUUGGAUCCGCUUUAGAAGAUUAUAUUCAUUUUAACGUCGUCUACCCGCCAAUCAUAUCUUUACAACUGGGAAAUAAUUUAAACGCGGUGCAGAUUAAAGAAGGCGACGACGUUUAUUUCGAAUGCAAAAUCAAAUCGAAUCCGAGAGAACACAAAAUAACAUGGCUGAAAAACAAUCAGUAUAUUAAUCAAGAUAUGUCCGCUGGAGUGAUCAUCAGCACCCAUAGUUUGGUUUUACAAAGAAUUUCUAGACAUCAGACUGGAAAUUAUACAUGCACAGCGGCCAAUGAAAGAGGCGAAUCUUCCAGUGAACCGGUACCAUUGAGAGUACAAUUCUCACCGGUAUGUGUUACUAACGACGUUACCAUUAUUGGCGGAUCAUUAGAAGAAACGCUGCGAAUUCGUUGUCAUGUCGCUGCUGAUCCAACCAAUUUGACCAUCUCUUGGCAAUUCAGUAGCAGUGAGAAAAGUCACACGCUGUUGCCAAAUCAUUUCGCCUUUGUUAGUGAAACAAUUAGUGAAUUGAUUUAUAAAAUCAAAUCUGAAAGGGACUAUGGAACUUUGGCGUGCUGGGCUGAUAACGCUAUUGGACGACAAGUCGAGCCGUGUAUAUUUCAAAUUGUACCUGCAGCUCGUCCAGAAGCGUUAAAAAAUUGCAGCAUAAAAUCACUUCAAAAUAGUUCCAGCGAAUUAAUGGUUGUUGAAUGUAUUGCUGGGUACGAUGGCGGACUACCUCAGUCUUUUCAUUUAGAAGCUUUGGAAUCUGGAUCUCAACGUUUACACGUGAAUAUAUCACGAAGUCAAUCUCCGAUCUUCCGUAUAGAAGGUACGUCGUUUAACGACGUCGAAGGUGGUUCUGUGUUACAUUUGUUAUUAUAUUCGGCCAAUCAAAAAGGACGAAGCGAGACCGUCAUAAUCGAAGAUAUCCCGUUAAACGGAGCAGAAAAGCGGACUGAAUGGAAAGUGGAUCAAGAUGUCAAAAAAUGGAGUAUUAGUCAAAUUACCAUGUUUUUAGUUGGCUCAUUCUUGUUAGUAGGCAGUUCUAUUUUAUUCACCGUAAUUUUAGCAACGAGGAAACGAUAUGCUAGACAUAAUGACGAACAUUCCACAACUAAACGUCUCAAACUUCCAAUUAGUUCUUCCGAUAAUACGUACACUGUAGCUUAUCAACUGAAGACUGGAUCUGAACAACCUGAUAUUAUAAGCAGAGUUAGUUCUGAUCGCAUUGCCUCAAAUACAUUAGAAAAAAGAGACGAUGCGAAAUCAUCGAAUUUAGGAACUACAACGAUAUUGAGUAAUUCGAACGGUAGCUCUCCAUCGUGCCAAGACUCAGGUACGAGUCUGCUGUCUGUGAAAACUGGACCAUAUCAAAAAAACAAUAUCCAAAAUUCAGCUACUAUCAAAAAGAAACCAAUAAUCAGUCAUAUACCAGGACCAGAAAGUUGUGUUUAAAAACUUGAGGCAAUGUUUUUACUAUUACGAAACGAAUACGCUGCUAUUUUUUCAUUAAGGUAACCCAUGUAUCUAUGAUUUUUAUUCAUUUAUAUCUCGUUAUUCAAUCAAAUUGAUUAUUUUUUUCGACAUUUUCCCCCAUCUUUCUACUUUUAUUUUAUUUACAUUCUUUGUCGUCGUCAUAAUGACGACGUCAUUAAUGAAUUAUUUAUCCGAGUUAACAAUCUUCUUGGAUAUUUAUUAAUCAUUGUACAUUAUUUACAGUACCUACCUACUCAUUUAUUGUAUCUUCCUUUUAGAUCCCUAGAUACUCGGUAAUUAUUAUUUUCCAUUUAGCUGUUGCUGUUGCUGCUGUUAUCAUUAAAACCUCAUCAUUUUUAUUGUUGUUGUUAUUAUUGUUUGUUAUCGUUAUAUCGUUGUUAUCAUUUUUUUAUCGAAAAAAUUAUGAAUACUUUUCUUAUGUUUUUCUUAAGUUGAUUUUUUUUUUAAAUCCUGAUUUUUUUUAAACAUUUAUUUACAAAAUACUGAUUGUUGUAUUCCUGUCUCUUCCACAUCAUCACAAUUUGUUUCUGUCUAUCGAUUAUUCAUGGAAAAAUGGUCAUUAUUUAUGUAAUAUACCUAAAUUGGAUAUCAUUUUUUUUACAUAAAGUUUUAUUGAUUUAUUACUGAUUAAAUAAUAAACAAUAAAGAAUAAUUUUUAGACCUGUUCGUUUUAGUAACUACCUAUCUAAUAUGUACAAUUGAAUUUUGAAAAGUAGAAAUCACGUUUAUUUUCGUCCAGAUGUGAUUUUAUGUUAACGAAUUAUCGAUUAUAGGUAAAUAGAUAACUACUUACCUAUCUAAACGACGACGUGUUAUAAAAAUAUUCCAUUUGUUUAUUAACAAUACGUUUGUUUAUUUUGAUUAUGAACUUGUGUAAAUAGAUUGUAUCAUGUUUUAAUAAUUUGUGACAACG